AGUCUCUUGAGCUAGUAAGCCAUAGCAGGAAGAAGACAGGAGCAUUCAUUGCUCCACCAUGGGCAGUCAGAGGCUCUGGCUCCUGUUGCUCGUGAGCACCUGCGCUUUUGCACAACAAGGCGAUGAUGGGACAGAAGAACAAAUUGCAGGAAGCUGUUUGAAGGAUGGAACAAGGUUCAAGAAUCUAAAAAAAUAUGUUUACCGCUACGAAGCUGAGAGUCUCAAUGGUGUUGCUGGAACAGCAACACUGAGGAAUGGCCCCAAAAUCACUUGCAAGGUUGAAUUAGAAGUCCCUCAGUCAUGCAGCUUCAUCCUGCACACUACAGAAUGUACGCUGAGUGAGGUGGCUCUGAUCAGUCCAGAUGGCAAGCUUGUUUUCCGACAAGCGGCAAAUUCAGAUGACUUCAGGGAUGCUAUGGCUAAAAAUACUCUAAAGUUCAGCAUUCCAAACGGAAAACAAGUCAAUCUGUACCCUAGCAGUGAUGAGCCUACAAACAUCCUAAACAUCAAAAGGGGCAUGAUCACAGCUCUUAUGGCACCAGUAGAAUCAGAGAAGGAGACACAGACUGUAUCUAUGGACACAGUGUAUGGGGCCUGUGAAGGAGAGAUGACAGUUGUCAACAGAAAAGGGGACACUGCUUCUGAAAUUACUGUCACCAGGGACCUCUCUAGCUGUAAAAACUUCAGCCCCAUGAGAGACUAUGCAAGCCCCAUUGCUCUGAUUACUGGAAUGCAUACACCUCUAUCAACCUUGAUCAGCAGCAGCCAAUCCUGCAAAUAUGGGCUCGACUCUAAAAGAAAACAUGUGCUUGAUGCUGUUUGUAAUGAAAAGCAUGUCUUUCUACCUUUUUCACAAAGCAAUGAAUAUGGCAUUACCUCUCAAGUAAAGCAGACUUUUAAAUUUCAAGAUGUGGGGAAGAUCAACAACAGAUACUUCAACCCAGAUGCUACUCAGUUAAAACCUCUAAAGAUGGAAAGUACAAAGGAAGUAUCCCCAACACAAUCUGCUGAAACAGUUCUUAAUGUCCUUAAUGAUGUGCGAGAUUUGCCAGAGACCUCCCAAGGCCACCUGAGGCCCAGUCUCUUCCAGAAAAUUGUUACUGAACUACGAGGUCUGAACACCAAGACUAUUGAAAGUAUGGUUCCUAAGAUGUCUGCAGCGGAAAGGACCAUCUUCACACAAGCACUUCUACAGUGUGGCACACCCGACUGCUUCAGUGGCAUCCGCCAAGUCUUGACCACUUCCAAAGUUCCGGCUCCAGUGAUUGACGCCAUGGCAUACAGCAUAGGGCUUCUCCCUUCUCCCUGCACCCACCGCAUCAGAGAUCUGCUGAAAGUUGCCCAGUAUCAGAAAAGCAGGGCUACAUUCUAUGCUCUCAGCAAUUCAGUGAGAAGGUUUUAUGAUACUGAAAAUGUGGUAACACCAGAAGUCACAGACACAGCUGAAUUUAUGAUCUCUUUGCUGGGAAGUGACUGUUCUGGUGAUGAUGACAGCAACUUUUUGACUUUGAAGACUAUUGGAAAUAUGGGAAAAGCAAUGGAAAAUGCCAACCCCAGGCUGAAAUCCUCCCUCCUCAAGUGUGUGAAGAAGCAGUCCGCCUCCUAUCCUGUUCAACUGGCUGCAAUUCAGGCUUUCAGAAAAAUGACACUUUCUGAUGAGGUCCGCAGCAUCCUUCUUCAGACAUUCCAGGACAGCAAUGGGCAGGUCCAAAAACGUAUUGCUGCAUACCUUAUGCUUAUGAAGGACCCCUCAUCUGCCGAUCUUGCAAAAGUAGCCAGGAGCCUUGUGAAAGAUAAGAGCGACCAAGUCAGAAACUUUGUUGCUACCCACAUCGCCAACAUCUUGGAGUCUGAUGUCCCAUCUCUACAACAGAUGAAGACCAAAGUGGAAGAGAGCCUUAAAGGAGUCCAGGUGCCAGAUGCCAUGGACUUCAAAAAGUUCUCAGGCAACUAUCAUUCUGCUAAGAAGCUGUCCAUUCCUUAUAUUGAGGAUUAUAUGGAGGGAAGCAUACAAGGAAAUCUGAUUUUUGAUCCAAGAGGGUACAUGCCAAGAGAAGCUAUGCUGGAGACCACACUGACAUUAUUUGAAAAGACCUUUGAUAUUUUUGAGUUUGGCAUUAAUGGCAAAGACUUUGAACCCACUCUCGAGUCCCUCUUUGGAGAGAAAGGCUUCUUCCCCGACACUGUAAUGAAGGCACUUUACUUGGCAGAAAAGAACCUGCCUGAAGUGGUAAACAGAUGGUUUGGCACAUCCAGUGAAAGUAGAAUGAAAAGAGAGGUUCCCAAGGACAUCAUCACAGUGAUCACCAACAAUGCUCAAAAACUUAUGGAAGACCUAAAAUCCCAAAAUGCACCUGAGGCUACCGCCUAUCUCAGAAUUCUAGGAGCUGAGCUUGGAUACAUGAAGCUCAAUGAUUUUAAAACAGUGAUGGAGACAAUCAUGAGUCUUGGCCAAGAACUUAAGGGUGUUCCAGAUCAAAUCAUGAAGGCUGUCACAUCUGGAUCAGAAGCUGACCUUUUCAUUCACUACCUGUUUAUGGAUAAUGAGUUUUCACUUCCAUCUGGUGCUGGUUUUCCAUUGAAGUUCUCUUUGUCUGGAGUUUUCACACCUGGAGCAAGAGCUGGUUUGAAAAUUGAUCCAAAAAUGGGUCAAGUGACAUUCAGGCCAUCUGCAACUGUGGAAUUCAUAACACGCAUGGGAAUUCACAUCCCAGAAUAUGGCAAAUCAGCAAUUGAAAUGCACUCCAAUCUUCACCAUGAGAGUGACCUCACUGCAAAGGUGUCCUUUAAAGGAGCCCAGGUCCAGCUUAGCAUUCCAACACCUCAGAAACCAAUGCAGCUCAUUGCAAUCAGCAACCGGUUACUCUCUGUGUCCUCAAGUCAAACUGAAACAGUUCCACCAAUUGUGGAAGGGAGGGUGGAUAAACAGUCAUGCUACCCUGUGUUAUAUGGUCUACAAUUCUGCAGUUCUGUACUUUACUCCAAUGCCAGCACUACAUAUGAAGCACCUUACUUUCCACUAACAGGUGAAACUAGGUUUGCAUUAGAGAUCCGUCCUACAAAUGAGGUUUCAGAAUAUUCUGCUACUCUUGGUUAUGAAUUGCUGAAGGAAGAUCGUGACAAAGUGGAUACUGUGAGGUUUAUUCUUAAAGCAGAGGGAACACCAGAUUCAGAGCUUGCAGCUACCCUGAAAUUCAACAGAAAUAAGAUGACAGUGACCGGUGACCUUCAGAUCCCAGAUUGUGAUAUCGAAGUUGGAGUGAAUCUAGGGGUUAGUGAAGAAGGAAUGAUGAAGGGGAAAAGAACCUUUGUACUUGAUCUUGGGCUUUCAAACAAAAAAAAAACUGAACUCAGCCUUGUUGGCCGUGCCAGAUAUGAUGGGAAGAACGAAGGAAUGCUUUCAGCCGAGCUCACCAUGCCUCGCAUGAAAGUUGAUAUUAAGAGCAGUGCCACCAUUAAGUUUUUAAAUGCGUUAACUGUACAGCUCGAGGCAUCCUCCAACCUUCCACAUUCUUCCACUUUACAGACUGUUGUCUUCAGAUAUGAUAAAGACAAGGUUGAAGUUGAAACAAAAUCUGAUAUAAAAUCUAACCUAAAAGAACUCCUCCCAAAUUUUGAUGAAUAUCAAAGUACACUGCAGAAAUAUGCAGAUGACAUUCUGGACCAAAAGGUGGCCAAAACGGACAUGAAACUUCGCCAUAUUGUCUCCAAAUCUAUUGAGGCAAGUAACAUCUGGCUGGAUAGAAUUGCAAAAGAAUAUCCUUACGUUGAAAAGCUUCGAAGCAGGCGCAGUACUCAAGACUUGACUUUGCCUGAACUCCCAGAGCAACUGUAUCUAAAGACUAAUAGUUUAUCAAGAUACCAGUUCAAUAAAGACAAGUUAACAUUUAAGAUCCCUUUGCCUUUUGGAGGUAAAACCUCAGAAGAGUUGAACAUACCGGAUUCCUUGUCUACACCUCCUGUAGUCAUUCCAAACCUAGGAAUCCGUAUACCUGCAACAACAAGAAAGAUUCCAGCCUUCAGUAUUCCAGAAACAUAUGAAGUCAGCAUUCCUCUUCUUGGUGUUGCUGAGUUUUCCACUGCAGUAACCAGCAAUGUUUACAACUGGAGUGCUUCCAUAACUGGGGGAAAUCAAACAUUAGAAAGCCCAUACUUAUUUGCUAAUUAUGAAGUGAAAGCUAAAUCUGUGGUUGAUCUUCUUUCCUACAACAUUAAAGGUGCUGGAUUAGUCCAGGUCACUACAGACUCUGCUACCUACUCUAUAAAUGGAUCGCUACAUCAUGGGCUACUUGAUGCAUCCUUUAGUUACAUCGAAUUUUCUACAUCAGUCCCAGAGUACAGUGGAACAAGCAACUUUAACUUUGAAGCAUCAAGCAUUCUGGGCAUGAGAACAUCAGGGUCCUCAAAUGGCAAAUUGACCCUAAAGGAAAAUAUGCUUGUAUAUGAAGAGAUAACAGAUGGCAAAGUGAUGGUUGGAGAAUUAUAUGGCAAAGUCAUGUGCAACAACCGGUUUACAUUUGAUAUAAACACCCUGGACAUUAGAGGAGAAAUAACCACAAACCUUGAUUCUUCUCUGUUGUUAGGAAGUAAUAGGUUAGCUAUAAAUUAUAUAAAUGGACAAUUUUUAAUAAAAUCUACGACUGACAUUUCCAAUGGUGCUCUGCAACAUAUCGGUGAAGUAAACUUCCAAAAUGCACAGCUGCUUUUAAAAUCAGAUUCAAGAGGAAAUUUUUAUCGUAUAUCUGGCAAUAACAAAAUUGAUAUAGCUUUGUCUUAUCAAGCAGCAACACUAAGAGCUGAAACUCAAGCAGAAUAUUAUGGAAGUCGUUGGUAUCUUCUUACAACUGGUGCAGUUAAUGAAAAUGGCAUAGAGAUGAAUGCAGACGGACGUUUCAAUGUUGAUUCAGGCCGAGGUGCUCAUAAGGCUACUGCAGCGCUUAAUCAAAAUGGCUUGGUUACUAGUGCAACAACUAACAUUCAGUGUGGAAUUGUGACAUUUGAGGAGCAGUUUAAUUCAAGAAUUGAUGCUUCUGGUGCAACACUCAGCUUAUCUUCAAAAGGUAGCUCCUCUGGUAACACAAUAGAACUUUCAGUUGAUGGAAAGAUGUUAUCAACAGAAAUAUCCAUGAACACUGUACAUAAGAUUAACAUUAUGGAUGUAAGCAGCAGGAACCUAAUGAACAUGAAAGUGAAUAAGGAAGGACUGGCAUUUUCAAACAGCAUGAUGGGAUCAUAUAACAAAAUGAAGAUUGAACAUACACAUACCCUCAACAUUGCACUGUGGACAAUUGCUUUCAGAUCAAAAACAGACAACAUGUUUGGCCCUGCUAACGCCUAUAAACAUGAUGUUAAUUUUAAUAUCAAGCCUUUCAUAGUUUCACUGACUGUGAACAAUGAUCUGAAGCUGCUUGGGGCUGACCUAAACAAUGAUGGUCAAUUUAAACUUGAGCCUUACAAGCUGAGUCUUACAGGAAAUAUGAAAGGAGCUUAUGGGAAAGAUCAAGAGGUGAAGCAUACAUACAAAAUCACUUAUGCUGAACUCACUGGUCUUUGGGAAGCUAGUACCACGGGCAGAGUCCAAGGAGCGCAACUCUCCAAUGUUGCCAAGCUUGAGAUUGCUGGACUUUCAGGCAAAUUCAACAGUGCCACUCGACUAACAUCUAAAGCUCUCCGUUUUGAAAAUGUUAUACGCACACUUUUCCUGCCAUUUACUAUUUCUGUUGAUGCUAUCACUAAUGGUGAUGGAAGCCUAUAUCUAUACGGCGAUCACAAUGGAAAUUUAUACAGUAAAUUCCUAAUGAAGGCUGAACCUUUGGCUUUCACCUACUCACAUGACUACAGGGGAUCAACAACACAUAACCUUGAAAAUCGUUUGUCAGCAAACACACUGCUUGAAAAUAAAUUGACUGGACUGUUUACUCCAUCAGAACAAACAGGCCUUUGGAAGAUGAAAACACAGUUAAACAAUCACAUCUACAGUCAAGAUAUUACAGCUUAUAAUAAUCCAGAAAAGGCAGGUGUGGAACUUAGUGGCCAAAUCUCAACUGACAUUCUCAACAAGUUCACAGAAUCUAAUAGAUUUUCCCGUGAUCUAAGUGGCCAGCCUCAAGAAUUUGUCAUCUCCGGUUUCCUGAAAUAUGAUAAAAACAAGGACAUGCACACAUUUGAACUUCCAUUUCUACAAAGUCUUCCUGCGUUAUUUGAUCAAAUAAAAGCAACCCUUGUCACAGCUCUUGAAUCUCUGCAGAAAUACCUGAAGAGUCUGAAUAUCAAUGAAGUAUUGAAAAAGUACAGAAACAAUAUGGAUAAGCUUCCACAACAGCUGAAUGACUAUGUCAAUAGCAUCGAUUUGGAAAGAAAGGUUCAGGAAGCUAAAGAGCAGUUGAUGGCCUUCACUAAAGAAUAUGCUGUCACUGUUGAAGACCUUGAGAAAGUUCUGGAAAACAUCAAGAAUUUGUAUGAAGAUGCUCUAACUGAGCUUGAAAAGUUUUUAGAAAGCCUUAAAAUGAAGCUAAAAGAAGGCUAUGAAGGUCUGAUUCCAUAUUUUGAAAAUGUCAGCAAAGAAAUGUUGAAACAACUGAAGGCAUACGACCAGCAAUAUGAGAUCACUAAAACAACCCUGAACAGUAUAAAUGCUAUUCAAGAUGUCAUUCAAAAGUAUGACCUGGAAAAACUAAAGAGUAGCAGUGCUGCCUGGCUUCAAAACCUAGAUGCUAAAUAUCAAAUAAAAGCAGAGUUUUACCAGUUGCUAGAAAAUUUGAAACGCCUAAUUCAAAACUUUGAUGCCCAGAAAACACUGGAUGACCUUAAAUCACUGAUCAAGUCAAUGAACAUCGAGAAAGCUAUUGAUGGUUUAAAAAUUACUUUUGAUAUGGAAGAAGUAAAGAAAAUGUUGGAUGCUGUCAAAGACAUGCUUUUAAAUGCAAUAGAGGAUUAUGAAAUUACCGAAAAGAUCAACAGUGCCUUUGUGAAACUUCAGCAGCUCCUUGUUAAAUAUGAAGUGGAACAAAAAUUGAAGACCCUUAUGGACAAAGCCGUGAUUCUUGCUGAACAGUACAAAAUAAAGGAAACUGUGCAGUCAGCAGUGAACUCCCUAAAACGCAUUGAUAUUAAAUCCACUAUUGAUGCAAUAAUGCAAUACUUGGAGAACACUAUUAAAUGGCUAAAAGAGAGAGACUACAAACAGUUUAUUGACCAGCUUAAUUCAUAUAUUGAUGUCCUUCUAAAGAGUAUUAGAGCAUUUGACUAUAACAAGUUUGUUGAUGACACAAAUAAAAAAAUUAGUGACGCAACAAGGUACAUGAAUGAACAGAUCAAAGCUUUGGAGAUACCGCAGAAGAUUGAAGCUUCAAGGCAGUUUGUGAAGGAUGUCCAAGCAGCUGCUUAUUCCCAAUUGGAAAAGAUAUCAGAUACUAGAAUUUCAGAAAUAAUUAACUGGUUGAGGGAUCUCUUGGAUUCAACAGCUUUUUCAGAAAUUAAAAAAAGAGCACAGGAGUACUUGGAAGAUCUUCGGCACAGAAUAAGCACAAUGGACGUUCAGAGAGAGCUUAAGUAUUAUUUACAACGGGCAAGUGAGUUAUACAACAGGAUGGUAAACUACCUUGCAGAUCAGUGGGACGUGGCUCAGAAAACCUUCAAGGACCUAGCAGAGCAAUACAAUGCACAGAAUCUUUUAAGCAAUAUCAAGAAAGCUAUUGAGGAGGGUUUCACUUUUCCAGAAAUGCAGAUUGGCUCAAUUAGAAUUCCUGCAUUUGAAAUUAGUCUCAAUGCCCUGAAGAGAGCAGAAUUCCUGACACCUGAAUUUAUUCUACCGUUUACAAACCUACGUGUACCAUCUGUGAAAUUCAACCUACUAAAGCUAGGAGAUAUCCAAAUUCCAAUGAAAUUUACAAUUCCUGCCUUUACAGUUUUGAACACUUACGAAGUCCCCUCAUACACUAUUGAUCUGAAUGAGAUUAAAAAGGAAAUUAUAAAAAUCCUGGAGCGCAUCAGCAAUUUUCAUCUUAAUUUACCUGAACCCGAAGCUUAUUUCAAAGAGCUUAAGCUAGCUUAUUUAUCUGAUAUGCCUGAAUUAACGUUUCCAGAGAUAAGGCUUUCUGAAAUAAGUUUUCCUGAGUUAACAGUUCCAAAAUUGGACCUGAAUGGCUUUAGCUUUUCGGAGCUCCAGAUUCCUGAAUUCCAUUUACCUAGUAUACCCCACGACAUAAGUGUUCCUGUUUUUGGCAAACUAUAUGGUGAAUUCAAAAUUAAAUCUCCUGUGUACUCCCUUACAACAAGUGCACAAGUCUGGAACUCCACAACAAAUCUCAGAAAUCCUGAGUUUGUUGCCUCGGUUACCUCUCAAGCCACAUCUACGUUUAGUUACUUAGCUUUCAAUUUGGAUGCUAAUGCUCGUCUUUCUGCUCCUAAAAUGAAGAGCCUACGGCUAACGGACACCAUUAAGGUCAACCACAAAGCCUUCUCAUUUGAUCACAACAGUGCCUUAAGUUUUCUGGGCACAUCCGUGGAGGGCACAAGUGAAACAAUAGCAAAGGCAACUACUAAAGCCUACACUGCUGAAGCAAACAGCAAAUCUCGUCUCAAAAUGCAGAGUGGAAUUGAAUUUGAAACACAGUCCCGCUACUCACAUAAUUUAAAUCUCCCUGAAGCAGAUCUAUCUAGCCAGACCUCUCUGCAGCAAAACACCCUUAUUCGUUUGGAAUCUGGAAUUAUUUCUUUGAAAACUGUCAAUACUGGAAGUGGAAAAUGGUCAAUUCAGGACUUAUCAGAUGAUUUUACACACAAUAGUGACUUUGACUUUAACAUUAAUAUUCAGCAAGCCAAACUUUCUUUUACUAGUCAGACCAACAGCAAAUACCUGAAGAUGAAGAAUGUUCUUACCGCUGAAUCAGUCAUUCUGGGUAAUGCAAAUUUUGAUUUUAGAACAGAAGUAGAAGCACCUCAGAUUAAGAGCAGUGUUUUGGAGGUGAGUGCAAAAGCACUGGCAUCAGACCUGAAGCUAGAAGUGAAAGCAAAUCACAAUACUGAGCUAAAUGGAAGAGCGACAGGAAAAAUCAUCAAUUCGUUCAAUUUCUUGGUACAGCCAUUUGAAAUUUCCCUAACUGUCAACAACAAUGCAAAUACAAAAAUUAGUUUUCCAUUGAAGCUUACUGGCAAAAUUGACCUUCAGAACAACUAUGAGCUCACCCUAAACUCAAGAGUUCAGCAGUUUAUUUGGAUAGCUGGAGCUCGUUUUAACCAGUACAGAUAUUUUCACAAUGCUACUAUCAGCAACAAUGAAAACAAUGUUGGGGUUUUUUUGGCAAUGAAUGGUGAAGGAAACCUUGAAUUUUUAAAUGUUCCUAUCAGCAUUCCUGAUAUUACAGUUCCAUAUAUUUCUGUCACUAUUCCAGCAGUUCAUGAUGUCUCCUUGUGGCAGGACAUGGGUUUAAAGGAUUAUCUGUUGUCUCCAAAGCAGUCUUUUGACUUGAUAUUUAAGAUUCAGUAUGAAAAGAAUAAGGAUGUGCAUUCAAUUCCAGUUAACUUGGAACCACUCUAUAAAAUGAUAAAUGAUGAGAUCAAAGCUUUCAACUAUAAGUUUGAAGUUGGCAGAGAUAAAGCAGUCAAAUUUAUGACGGAUUCAUACAACAAAGCCAAAGAGCAGUAUGACAGAUUUAAAAUAGAUACAUCUGCCAACAGGCUUCCCAGAAUCUUCAAAAUUCCAGGAUAUACAGUACCAGUACUGAAUAUUGAAGUUUCUCAAUUUACUGCUGAGUUGCCUGCUUUUAGUUUUAUUAUACCCAAGGAAGUAAAGACUCCUAGCCUGACAGUGCCAAUGAUUGGAUUUUCCAUGCCAUCGUAUACCCUUGUCCUUCCCUCUUUAGAACUCCCGAUUCUCCAUGUACCUGCAACGCUACGUAAAUUAACACUUCCUAAAUUCAAACUUCCCCACUUACAAAACUCUAUUGGAAUACCUGCCAUGGGAAACCUUACUUAUGAGUUUGCAUUAAAAUCAACAGUGAUAACUGUAAAUGCCAAUGCAGGACUUUAUAAUCAAUCUGACAUCAUUGGUCGCCUAGGGUUUUCUUCAUCUUCUGCUUUUGAUAUCCUGAACUUCAAACUUGAAGGCACAACAGGCCUAACAAGGAAAAGGGGUCUUAAACUGGCCACUGCCUUAUCUGCAACCCACAACAAUAUUGCUGGUACGCAUGACAGUACAGUUAGCCUUACAAAGAAAAGCAUGGAGGCCACAGUAACCACCAAUGUUCAAGUUAAGCUACCUAUGCUCAAUCUUGAAUUCAACCAGGAUCUUAAUGGAAACAGCAAGUCUAAACCUAAUGUAGCUUCAAAGAUUAAUGUUAAAUAUAAUUUCAAUGUACCUCAAAUCGAUGCCAAAGGUGAAGGAAUAAUUGAACACAAUCUUGCACUAGAAGGGCUCACUUCAUACAUCUCUCUUGAAUCUUCAACCAAAGGUAAAAUUGAUGGAACCUACACAAAGAUGAACAAAAUAUCUGGAAACUUCAAUAAUGAGGCAAACACCUACUUGAAUUCAAAUGGUCUACGGUCAACCAUGAAGACUGAAGGAAAACUCAAAGCUGAUUCCAAUAAGAAAAGAAUUCUAAACUUUGAAUUAAAUGAAAAUAUGGCUCUUGAGGCAUCACUCCGCCGCAUAUAUGCAUUGUUGAACUACUCUUCCAAUAAUGAGGCCACAUGUAGCAGGUUCAACACCAAGGGGCAACAUUUCACCAGGGCAACAUUUGAACUGGUUCCUUCUAGCCUAGCAGCUCAUGUGCAAAUUGAUAUUUCCCAACCUAACAGCUAUUUCAAAGAAUCAAACUUCUUCCAGUCUGUAAUUCUGAAUGUCAACCCAGAUCUUCAGAAGAUUAGUUGGAAUGGCAAGGAACAAAUGGUAUUCAAUAUUCUGACGCAUGAUGUGAGUCUGUCAAAUGAUAAAAAAGAGAUACACGUUGAUGCCAGUGGGUCUGUUCAAGGCCAUGCAUCAUUCCUUAAAGCAAUUACAGUCCCAGUUUAUGACAAGAGCUUGUGGAGUAUCUUGAAAUUUGACCUUACAACCAGUGAGGAGAAGCUGCAAUACCUGAAUGCUUCCACAUCUCUCAUAUACACGAAGAAUAAUGAUGGCUAUUUCUUCCCCCUACCAAUCAGUGUUUUGCCUGAUGGUAUUACACUUAAUAUUCCUGAGGUGACUCUUCAAGUUCCAAAAUGGAUUAAAAAACUGCCUCAGAAGAUAAGAGAGAUUGACAUUCCCACUGAAAAUUUUAAAAUCCCAGACAAAGUGUCAGUGCCAUCAGUUAUAGAGAUACCAUCUUAUAAAAUUCCCUUCACAACUCUGCAGAUGCCACAAUAUACCAUUGAUUUCAAGAAGAUGAAACUUCCUAAGAAGAUAAGCACACUGUCUUUUGAUGUGAUUCUGCCAUAUAUGCCAAAAAUUAAAUUUCCUAAAGUUGAUAUUGCUACACGGUACCUUCAAGAUUUAGAAACCAAGUUACCCCAACUGUCAGUGAAGGUCCCUGACUUUGCUGUUGGAAUCUCUUCAUUCACUCUUCCAAAAUCAUUCAGUAUUGGCAGUCAUACAAUUCAGUUAGAUAAUGCAGUGAAUCAAAUUGCCAACUUUGAUCUGCCCACAAUCACAAUCCCUGAGCAGAAAAUUGACAUUCCAGAAAUUUCAUUUGCUUUACCUGCUGGACUUGCCAUUCCUGUAUUCGGAACGCUUUCUGCCAGUGUUAAAGUUGCCUCACCCAUUUAUACCAUGUCCUGGACUGCAAGUAUAGCAAACAAAACUUCAGUCCUGGAGUCUUCAAUCAAAUCUACAUGCAGUUCAACAGUAAUGUUCCUGGAAUAUGACCUUGAAGCAACAACAACUGCCAGUUAUGAAAAUGAGAUUUUAAACCUAAUUGGAAAGUGCACCUUCGCCCACAGUGACUUCAGCAUCGAUGGAAAACAUCAGUAUGCCAUUCCGAAUCGAAUGAAACGACAAGCAAAUCCAAAUUCAAGUGGGACCCAACACACAAUGAGUAUUGACAUCAAAAGCCCAACAUUUACUGAUGUCAGUGUCAGGUAUGAAGGCAGGAGUGAUAUCGUUACAGCCUCAGUUUCUUCCCCAUCUUCUGGAUUCCUGGGUUUGCUUCUGGAGAAGAGAGUACCUGAAACUAUCCAUGGAAGAGUAUAUGGCCGUUACCCUUCCUCUAAUACAGAUGUGGUAAUGCUGGAUGGUGAAAUGACUCUUCAGACCCCAGAAGACUUGAAAAUGCAUGUAACUUGGAAUGCUGAUGCUGCAAAUGAUGUGCUCACAGGUCUCAAAGAAAGAAUACCUCAAAUGACUUCUUCAGUGUACAACUGCAUCAACAAAUACCACCGUCAGCAACUUGGACUAGAUAUUAAUCAGGCAUCUGCUAAGGUGAAGGACAGAACGCAGGAUGCAAUCAGUUCUCUCCAUAAUGAAGUCAUGUCUUCACUUGAUGUUAUAAAUUACAAGCUUCAGAAGACCAUGAAAUCAACCACUUCAAACUACAUCCAAAUGAAAGAUGAGACAAAUAAACUCUACAAAAGGGCACUUUACAACAUGUAUCAAAUAGAUCUGCAAGACCUGAGACUCCGAUUUUAUGAUUCCACCAGUGAAAUGGUCAGACUGUACCAGAUCAAGAUAAGGGAGUUGAUUGAUGCUGCUAUAAAAUUCCUUAAGGUGACAAAAUUCCAGAUUCCUGGUUUCAAUGAGAAAUACACUGGACAAGAACUUUUCAACAAAGCCUCUUAUAUGAUUGACCAGAUGCUGCAGCAAAUUUCCCUCGAGAGGCAUUUUGAAGCUCUUGUGAAAUACAUUGAAGGUGUGGAAUUUGAAAUUCCUGGUACAGAUAACAUCAUACGAGGUAAAGAGAUGAUAGACAGCAUUAAACAGUUUCUCAGGCAAGUCCAGGAUUAUGUGAUUGAACAAGCAAAAGAGCUCAGGAAAAUCAAUCUUGAAAAACAGCUUCAAAAGCUGAAAGACUGUGUGCAGUCCUGUACUCAGAAAGUUGAGGAAAUGAUUCAGUACAUGAGAUCAAAAUCUCUUCAAGACAUCCAAGACCAAUUUCAGGGAAUGUACAAUGAUGCCAUCAACUCACCAACAGCAGAGCAAAUUAUAGAGGUCCUAGAAAACAUGAAACUGUACUUUACCGACUUCUACAGCUUUUCCAAGACAGGUCUUGUGUACAUUUUAGAAAAUCUUGAGAAAGCCAGUUUUUAUCUGAAAUCACUGAGAGAAGAAUAUCUUGAUGCCAACAUGGUGGGUUGGACAGUCAAGUAUUAUGAAAUUGAAGAAAAGAUCAUCAAUUCACUACAGAAGUCUUUGGAAUAUGUGAAGGAGGAAGGACCAAAGUAUAUCGAGCAAGUUGCACAAUACACCACAAAUUUCAUUGACCAGAUAAAGAGGUUCAUGCUUGAACAUGGCAAUGAGUACUUCAGCUAUGCCAAAGACCUUCUCUUAGACACAGGACACCGAGGAAAGCAGCUGAUUACCGAUCUGUCUGAUACUGCUCAACAGAAUAUCAGCCAAUAUAUGCAAUUAUUCAAGCGAUAUUCAUAUUAUUAUAGCAAUCAAGCAAAGCAGCAACUACAGGAAGUGUAUGAUAGUCUCUCUUUGGAUCGCAUUACCUCAGAAAUCCAAAACAUCAUUGACCUUAUUAUUGAAAAAUACACAUAUGUGUACCAGGUCCUUCUCAAUCAUCUUCAAGAUCUCAAAAAUGAUAUGAAGCCAUACAUUAAAGUGCAUGAAGAAGACAUUAGGAUUGAUAUCCCACUUCCUUUUCUUUGGGAAUCCUUUGACAGUCUACCCAAAAGUAAAGAUCGAUGAGUCAGUGAAAAAAAUCUGUGUAAUUUGGAAGGCAAACAAGUGCUGAUGGCUGUUUUAUACAUAAUGGACAUUUAUUUUAAAAUUGUAAGCUGUAUUUAAAGUUCUUAGCAUUUAGCAGCAUGUACAAGGUAACGAAAAAGUUGUUUCCCCCCUUUUUUAAAUGAUAA